AAGAGUUCAGUGGCGUGUUAGCCACCGGCUGAGAUGGCUGUGUCGUGGUACACCGUGAUCGUGCUUGUAGCCACCGCGCUAGGCGCCUCUAUUGGCCUAAAGUUCAUCCCAUACCGCGUACCUUCGAACGAACCUGUCCUAAAAACGAGCCGCAUCCUCAGGACGCUUAAGCAAGUAUCUGAAAAGCAGGUGCUGGAGAAGUCAGCUUGCGGGCGCGUGUGGGUGACGGUGCACUCGCCGAACAUCAACCAAGGCGACCGGGUCGUUCUGCAGGACGCCAUCGAGCUCAACUGGGACUUUACCAACUGCGACGCUCUACCAAAAAGUAUCGGGCUGUUCGAUGACAGACCAGGCUCCUGGAACAAUGCUCUUCAAGUGUUCCCAAUCGACGCGGAGCAAGGCUACGUCAUCACCACCAUAUCCCUGGGGGAGCCGGCGCUGCCAGCCGGCUGGGACAGGGGCCCGGGGCUGAAGGGACCCCACUGCCUGUGGCCGUGGGCUGGGGCUGGUGAUGGUAGUGCGUCAAUCACGUCUUACAACUGUCUGAAGAUACAGCCGUCUUGGAUGGAGGAUAACCCCGAAAUCAACAAGCUACGAAUUGGUGAGCUAGCGGUAGCUGGCACCCACAACGCAGGCGCUUGGCGUUUCGACACGGAAAUCAGCACCGUGUCACGAGACAGCUUCGUGCUGUGCCAGGACCGCUCUAUCUGGGCACAGCUCGUCCACGGCAUCAGAUACUUCGACUUCAGAGUCGCGUACUACGACUUCUAUCGCAAUGAGGAUGAUAGGUAUUGGUUGAACCAUAACUUAAUACGAGUCCGUCCAUUAGUACCAUUGCUCAAAGAAAUUAGGGCGUUUUUGGAUAGCACAAAAGAGAUCGUUUUCCUCGACGCGCACCACUUCCCGAUCGGGUUCUACGAGCCGGACGGCUCGCCCAUCCGAGCCGUGCACCAGGGCCUUAUCCAGCUGGUGCAGCGCGAGCUGGGGCCGCAUGUGGCGUUCGCGCGGGACUUCGGCACCGGCGCCGGCACCAAGGGACCCACUGUCCAGGCUCUUGUGGACGCUGACAAGCGAUUACUCUUCAGCUACGUGGAUAACGCUAUUGUGUCAGAAAACAAUUGGCUAUGGCCGAUCCUACCUCACCUUUGGGCGAACACGAACAACCCGACCGAGCUAUUCACGUACUUAGACCAGGCCAUCGGCGCCGUACACCAGAGCAACGCCCGGUCGCCCAUGCACUCCGCCAUGGCGCAGACCACGCCCACCGUGCUCGACAUCCUGUUCCUCCGAGGGUCGCUUAGAGACAACGCCGAUGCGGUCAACCGCAACGUGACGCAGCGUCUAGUGACGCGCUGGCGGCAAAACGCUAACAUAGUGUCCAGUGACUUUUUCCUAGCCAACGAUGUUGUCGAUGUUUCGAUAGCAAUAAGCCUCGAGCGGGCUAAGCAGAGCAGUCAGUUAUGACGUCGCUCGCGACCAGCCUCCCGCCGCGGCGGUAUCCAUGUGAACGCUCUGAAAUCACUUGUGGGAGUCGCGCACCGCUCGCCGUGGCUCCCGCAAGCAAGGAUCCGCACCAAACCGCCUCACCUAAACUGGCCAAUUUAAAACGUCGCCAGCUGGUCAGAGAUAUCCGCCGCGCUAAGAUCACUGCCCGACUUCUUAAUAUAACGUCCACCGGACAAUAGUGAGAUAAUUUUAGUAUUGUAUAGUUAGGGCCUGAACUAGUCCUUAGGUAUUGACACGCUACUUAUAAAGUAACGUAAAGUUGUAUAUAAUAUACAUAC